CAGUAUCCUUCCCUACCUAUAAAGCAUCUUUAUAGCCCAUGCCCUUUAAAUCUCUCACCACCAUUCGUUCAUUCAAACCCUCUCUCUCACUUUCUCUCUCCUCACAUUUCCUCGUUCUUCUCUCCUCCGCGGCGCCUCCCUAGGCGAGCUGAACGCAGGAGUUCUGCUUUGCAAGGCAUAAUGGCUGAUCAGCAUCAGCACCCAACUGUCAUGCAGAAGGUAGCUGGCCAGCUACAUCUGAGUUCCAAUGCUCAAAUGCGCUAUGGAGGCUAUCAGAAGCCUGCUCUUUACCAGAGACGCUUCUCAUAUGGGAAUUACUCAAAUGUUGCGCUUCAGUAUCCCAUGACUCAAAUGUGUGGAUCUACCAAUGACCUGUCGUUGGUUGCUGCAAAUGCUUCCCCUGUGUUUGUCCAAGCUCCGGCUGAGAAAGGCGCUGCUGCCUUUGCCAUUGAUUUUCUUAUGGGCGGAGUUUCAGCUGCUGUGUCCAAAACUGCUGCUGCUCCUAUUGAGCGUGUAAAGCUUUUGAUCCAAAACCAGGAAGAGAUGAUUAAAUCUGGUAGACUUUCUGAACCCUACAAGGGUAUUGGAGAGUGCUUCAGUCGAACAAUUAAAGAUGAAGGGUUUGGAUCAUUGUGGAGAGGGAACACGGCUAAUGUCAUCCGUUAUUUCCCCACUCAGGCCCUGAACUUUGCAUUCAAGGAUUACUUUAAGAGGCUUUUCAACUUCAAGAAAGACCGUGAUGGCUACUGGAAAUGGUUUGCUGGUAACCUGGCAUCUGGUGGUGCUGCUGGUGCUUCAUCCCUACUCUUUGUGUAUUCCCUUGAUUACGCCCGAACCCGUCUUGCUAAUGAUGCCAAGUCUGCCAAGAAAGGAGGAGAGAGGCAGUUCAAUGGCUUGGUUGAUGUCUACAGGAAAACAAUUGCAUCAGAUGGUGUUGCUGGUCUUUACCGUGGGUUCAACAUUUCGUGUGUCGGUAUCAUCGUGUAUCGUGGACUGUACUUUGGACUGUACGACUCUAUUAAGCCUGUGAUACUCACUGGAAAAUUGCAGGAUAGUUUCUUUGCUAGCUUUGCUCUUGGUUGGGUGAUCACAAAUGGUGCUGGGCUUGCUUCCUACCCAAUCGAUACAGUCCGCAGAAGAAUGAUGAUGACCUCCGGUGAAGCCGUCAAGUACAAGAGCUCGUUCGACGCAUUCUCUCAGAUCCUCAAGAAUGAGGGUGCCAAAUCUCUGUUCAGGGGUGCCGGUGCCAACAUCCUCCGAGCUGUUGCUGGCGCUGGUGUGCUUGCCGGUUACGACAAGCUCCAGGUGAUCGUCUUCGGAAAGAAGUACGGAUCCGGCGGAGGCUAAUUCGAGAUCAACAUUGCUCGGCCCUUCUUAUUUAUUUAGAUGUUGAUGAAAAUCAGAUUUUGAGUUAUAUUUUGAGGAUUGUGUUCCAGGGCAAUUUUUACUCGGUUUGAAUAACCAGAUUCGGGGGAGGUUAUAUCUCCCAAACAUUGUUAUUUCUCGCUCAAGCGAUUUUUGUUGUCGUGAAACUCAUUGUAGGAGAGUUUACAAUGACCGUUAAGGAUUUUAAAUUUUGGCUAUUUACCAUCAAAUUUGGAGGAUA